AUGCCGUCCUUCAACAUUGGCCAUGGCUUCAACUUCAUCAUCAACGCCGCCGACAACAUCACCUUCAGCGCCGGCGACGCCUCCAACGUCACCAUCACCACCGGCAACACCUCCAUUGAUUUCGACGACGGGGAAGAUCAAUUUCUGACGAUGCACGACGUGCGCACUCAGGACCUACAGGACCUCGUAGAAAAAGCCCAACGCGUGCAGGGCUUUGAUGGCGUCGUUCCCGGUCGCUGGUUCAUCGACAACGCCGUUGUCACCUGCAAGGUCGGCUUCAGGUUCCUCUCGCCCCUUCUGAGAAAUACGCUUGCCAGUGCCCUUACUUUGCCUGGCCUGGUGAGGAUUGUGUUUCGCCCUCACUUCGACCUCACCCGCCUAGGAGGCGUGAGACCAAUCUUGGACAACCUGCGCUACCGUGCCCGCGAAGGUGAACCUUAG